AAGAUGUAUGCUAUAUAUGUAUAUAUAGUAAGAUAAACGUGUAACGAAAACUUUUUUACGUUUACAUUGUUGAAUUAAUAACUAACAAAUAUUGAAUGAUUCAUGGCAAUUUCUUCACAAGCAAUACGACUACCAAUAUUAAUAUCUAUGAAAAACGUUUUUUUUUGUACAAACAAUUGCAAUAAGAGAUACAUUAUGACAACUUGUACAAAGCUUGAAAAAGUUUUAGAAAGACUUGAAAAAAAUCCUUUUUUUGAAAAAUAUGCUAAUAAAAUAGCGAAAUUUCAACAAACCAGCCCAGAUGAGUUCUUACAGCGUGUCGAAAAUGAAGAAAAGAAGAUUCAAGGAAGGAAAGUUACAGUCCAUCUGUCAAGAUCUUGUCAUAUUCAGUCUUCAUGGAUGUUUCCAUUCGUAAUGACAAGAACACAACCAUGGAAUUAUGUUAAAAAAAGGAAUUUUAGUGAUCAUGCAAUGAAAAGCAUAUAUAUUACUACACCUAUAUUUUAUGUUAAUGCUGGACCACAUAUAGGACAUCUUUAUACAGCAGUUUUGGCAGAUACCAUAGCUAGAUUCAAUGCUAUGCUAGGACAUUCUGUGUUUUUAUGUACAGGUACAGAUGAACAUGGCAUGAAAGUUCAAAAAGCUGCAAGUAAUGUGACUUUACCUAUUCCUGAAUAUUGUACUCGGGUUUCACGUCAAUUUCAAGAAAUGUGUGAUGUGUUUGAUGUUGAAUAUUCAAAGUUUAUUAGAACAACUGAAGAACGACAUCAAAAAGCAGUUCUUGACUUUUGGAAUCGUUUAGAAAAAAAUGGAUAUAUUUAUCAAGGAAAAUAUUCUGGUUGGUAUAAUGUAUCAGAAGAAGCAUUUGUCCCAGAUAAAGAUGUAGUAAAAAAGAAUCCUGCAAAUAUUAAUGAAGCAUAUACAGAAUCAGGAGAUGUGUUAGAAUGGAUGGAGGAAGAGUGUUAUAAAUUUCGAUUGUCUUCUUUUAAAAAUGAAUUAAAACAUUGGUUGAAAAAUGCAAAUGUAAUAGAACCGGAAAUAUAUCACACGAGCUUGAUUCCAUGGAUAGACAAUUUACAAGACUUAAGCAUUUCUAGACCUAUCAAGAGAGUGUCUUGGGCAAUUCCUACUCCUUCUGAUGAAUCUCAUACAGUAUAUGUAUGGCUGGAUGCAUUAGUCAAUUAUUUAACUUCAGUGGGAUAUCCAGAUGAUUCAUUUAGAAAAUUUUGGCCACCAACUGUACAAGUUAUAGGAAAGGAUAUAUUGAAAUUUCAUGGUAUAUAUUGGCCAGCAUUUUUAAUGGCUGCUGGUCUUGAAUUACCAAAAAAACUUAUAUGUCAUGGACAUUGGACUGUUAAAGAUAAAAAGAUGUCAAAAUCCAAAGAAAAUGUAAUAUCACCUUUUGAAGCAAUGCAUAAUUUUACACAAGAUGGUCUAAGAUAUUUUCUCUUACGACAUGCAGUGCUGCACACAGAUGCAAAUUAUAACAAUUUAAAAAUUCAGAAUGUACUAAAUUCUGAGCUAGCUGAUACACUAGGUAAUUUAUUUAAUCGUUGUUUUGGUAAAAGUAUUAAUCCAGACGGAAUAAUAUAUAACUCUGCCGAAUAUAUAAACAUUUUAAAAUCCAAGAUAGCUCAUAAAAAUGUAGUAGCUUUGGAAGAAUUAAGUGAAAAAGCUAAGGAAUAUUAUGAGAAAUAUAAUUUGUAUUGCACAGUGGAUAUUGUGAUGAAUAUGUUGCACAUUGCUAAUCAAAUGUUUCACCAUCAUCGGCCAUGGGAAUUAAGCAAAGCCAAAGAUUCCGAUUCUGUAAAACAAGUUGAAGCUGUGAUCUCUUUAGCUUUGGAAAAUCUACGAGUAGCUGCUUUAGUAUUGUAUCCCAUUAUACCAAAGUUAGCUUCUAAUCUUCUUGAUGUUCUUCAAGUUUCAAAAAGCAAUCGUACUUGGGAAGAUACAAAACCGAUUCACUUAACAAAUGCUUCGAAUGAAACAAGACACGUUUUGACGCAGAAUAUAUUAUUUUUUAAAAAAAUAAAAAAUUGAGAAACAUUGAA